AUGGGUGUCACUACGUCUUUUGAGCCUGCGAAGGAUAUCCCGAGUUUGGAGGGCAAGGUCAUUCUGGUGACGGGAGGAAACGCCGGCCUAGGCAAACAAACCAUCACCUACCUCGCCGCCCACUCCCCCGCCCGCAUCUACCUCGCCGCGCGCACCGCCUCCAAAGCCAGCGCCGCAAUCGCCGACAUCCGCGCCGCCGUCCCCUCCGCCUGCGAAAUCAUCCACCUCCCGCUCGACCUGACCUCCUUCUCGUCCAUCGCCGCGGCCGCCCAGACUUUCAAGGCCCGAGAAUCGCGCCUCGACAUCCUCAUCAACAAUGCCGGCGUCAUGGCGUGCCCCUACAGCCUCACCAAGGAGGGCUACGAGAUCCAGUUCGGCACGAACCACAUGGGCCACGCGCUGCUGACGAAGCUGCUCCUGCCCGUGUUGCUGGAGACGGCGGCGCAGGACGGCGCCGAUGUGCGCAUCGUGAAUAUCACGAGUAUGGGGCAUAUGAUGGCGCCCAGCGGCGGGAUCCUGUGGGACCAGGCCGCGCUGGAGAAGCAGAACACCUGGCGGCGCUAUGGGCAGUCUAAACUCGCGAACAUUCUCUUCACGCGGGAGCUGGCGGCGCGGUAUCCGCAGAUUACGUCUGUGUCAAUACAUCCGGGGGUCAUUAUUACGGACUUGUACCAGUCGCUGCGGCAGAAUUUCUUCUUGAAGAUGGGCAUGUGGGUGUAUGCGCUGCUGUUUCCGGUUUUGCCGGGCCAUUUUAAGGAUACGAGGGGUGGGGCGCUGAAUCAGACGUGGGCGGCGACGGUGGGGAAGGAGAAGCUGCAGAAUGGCGGGUUUUAUAAGCCGGUGGGUGUGCUGGCGCAGGGGAGUACGUAUGGGAGGGAUAUGGGGUUGGCGAAGAAGCUGUGGGAGUGGACGGAGGCGGAGCUGGAGAAGUAUGGGUAUUGA